GCUAAUUUCUCUCCCAUUACUCUGUACCCUUGACUUCCCGGCAUUUUUUUUCCUCUACAAAGUUUUAGCUCUACUCAAAUCAAGUGAUUUAGGUUUAUCUUUUUAUUUUCUUGAAUAUAUUGUGUAUUGAGUAUAAAUUUUGUGAUCCAGUUCUCGCAUUUGAAGGAAAAAAGGAGUGGGAGAGAGAAAACGAAGAGUGAGCUAAUAAAAUCGAUCGAACAUGGGAGGAGGAGCAGAGCAUGGUCACGGAGCUGAGGGCGCCCAUGGGGACUUCAGGGCGAAGGUAUGGAGCAUGAGUGGUGGCCCAUACUGCAGACCCAAGCAUUGGCGUCGCAACACCGCCAUCGCUAUGGUCGGCGUCGUCCUCAUCUGCAUACCCAUCGCCAUGAAAUCGGCCGAGCUUGAGCAACGGCCACAUCAUCCGGUUCGCCCAAUUCCAUCACAGCUUUGGUGCAAGAACUUCGGUACUAAAGAUUACAACGAAGUGAAGUGAGAGUAGAAGUUGAAUUGCUAUGACUUGUGUGUCAAAGCAAGGCUCAUCUUUUAGUUAUAAUGCUAGAAUAAGCUCUAAGUCUACAACUUAAAGUAGUGGGGUAUCGCCUUUGAUUAUAUUGUCAAUAAGUUGUUGUUUGCUCUGUUUCUUGUAUUGCUGAAUUGAUAUUCCAAUUUGAUAUUGAUGCUGUUUUCAUCCUGGGAUUACUGUACUUGAAUUCGUGGCAUACAGAAUCAAUAAUUCAACAAUGAUAACUUAAACGAGUA